AAACAUCUUCCAACGAAUCCAACGGACCACAACACUCACAAUUCCCUUUAUAAACUUCGCUUUAAAAAACCCCCAAAAAAAAAACCCUAACAGCUUCCAUCGUCUUCGUCUCGUUUUCCCUCAAAAUUUCUCUGUUAAUCUCGCCAAAAUGGUGCUACCAAAUGAUGUGGAUUUGUUGAACCCACCAGCUGAGCAUGAGAAGAGAAAACACAAACUCAAGCGAUUGGUUCAGUCUCCUAACUCUUUCUUCAUGGAUGUGAAGUGUCAGGGUUGCUUUAACAUAACAACGGUGUUUAGCCACUCCCAGACAGUGGUGGUGUGCGGAAACUGCCAGACAGUGUUGUGCCAGCCAACUGGUGGGCGUGCUAGACUCACCGAGGGUUGUUCUUUCAGGAGAAAGGGAGACUAAGGAAGGAACUGUUUGCUUUUAGAAUGGGAAGUGAAAAAGGUUUAUAUGGGAAACAAAAGUUAGUUUUGAUGCAUCCUGUUUUUGUUUUAAGAUCUUUUAAGAACCAACUAGUUCGAGUUCACAAUGACUGGUUAUGUUUUUUUAAUUAUAUUGGGUUUCAAUUCGCGCUUGGAUUUUGAA